AUGUCUGACGAAAAAGUCACUACCGACAUUAUCACGUUGAGUCGUCAUGUACUCGACGAACAACGCAAACAUAAAGAAGCUAGCGGCGAACUUACCCUAUUAUUAAACGCUGUUCAAUUGGGAGUUGGUCUCGCAGGAGCUUCUAAUGUCCAAGGAGAAGAACAAAAAAAACUCGAUGUAAUUUCUAAUGAAAUUUUUAUCAAUGCGCUUCGUUCCUCGGGACGUGUUGCCGUAAUGGUAUCCGAGGAAGAUGAACAAGCGAUUAUUGUUGAAGAUGGGUUACGUGGGCGUUAUUGCGUUGUAUUUGAUCCGUUGGACGGUUCUUCAAACAUUGAUGCUGGCGUGAAUGUUGGCACUAUAUUUGGUAUUUACCGUACACGUCCUGGUUCUAAUGGAACAGUUGAAGACGUAUUAAGGCCUGGUAAAGAAAUGGUUGUAGCCGGAUACUGUAUGUAUGGUAGUUCUGCUAAUAUGGUUCUUUCACUCGGAAAUGGUGUAAAUGGUUAUACACUCGAUAAUGCUAUCGGUGAAUUCAUUCUUACACAUCCCAACAUAAGGAUUCCAUCACGUGGAAAAAUAUACUCGGUCAACGAAGGCAAUGCCAUGUAUUGGGAUGAAGCAUGCACUGAAUACUUCAAUUCUUUGAAAUUUCCGCCGCCCGGUAAAAAUCCAUAUUCUGCUCGAUACAUUGGAUCCAUGGUUGCCGAUGUGCAUCGUACACUUUUGUAUGGCGGGAUUUUUGCGUAUCCAGCCGAUAAAAAAUCAAAGAAUGGGAAACUUCGUCUUCUUUACGAAUGUUUCCCCAUGGCGUAUCUUGUUGAACAAGCAGGUGGAAAAGCUGUAAAUGGAUCCGGGAGAAUUCUCGAUAUAGUUCCUGACCAAAUCCAUGCACGUGCACCAAUCUUUUUAGGGAGCAAUGACGAUGUAGAAGAUUGGGAAAAAAUUAAUGAAAAAUUUGCGAAGAAAUAG